GUGAGACCGUUCCGCACUCGGCGUUCACGACAGCGAGAUUUUUUUUACACCGGGGUAUCUUUGUGGACGCCGUGGCUCGCGCCAUUUUGGCCGCAGGGAUUCUUCUUACGUGCGACAUUGUUGGCUGUUUACGUGCAGCGUACGUCCUGUAUAUAUACCCGGUGCCUGUCACUUCCUUGCUGUCGUGCUGUGUGCGAUGAACUAUAACUGUGUGCAGUUAUGAAAGGAGUCGCUCUUUUCAUCGCCUUGCUCUGCGCAUCGAGCACCCUAUGCCUGGCGCAGACGUCAUCAGUUACGAAAGAUGUCACAAGCAGCGAACGGCCCGUGUUCUUCUGCUACUGGGGCACCUGGUCCCACUACCGCAGUGGCGCCGGCAAGUUCUCGGUUGGCCAGAUCGACCCAUCGCUGUGCACCCACCUGGUGUACGCCUUCGCCAAGCUGGAGAACGGAGUCAUUGCAGCCUUCGACGCCUACCUUGACUUAAAGGACAACUACGGACUCGGCAUGUACGAGAAAGUGAACAAACUCAAGGUCGCGCAUCCGCACCUGAAGACGCUGCUGGCCAUCGGUGGCUGGAACGAGGGCUCGAUCAAGUACUCGCAGAUGGCCUCCACCCCGGAGGGCCGCCAACGCUUCGCGCUGAGCGUGUUGAGUUUCCUCGACAAGCACGGCUUCGACGGCCUCGACCUCGACUGGGAGUACCCGGCGGCCAGGGGAGGUGUGCCACAAGACAAGCAGAACUUCGUGUUGUUGAUACAGGAGCUGCGGAGAGUUCUCGGUCCAGGACGGCUCUUGACGGCGGCCGUCUCUGCCGGGGAGAGCAUUGUGGACGGGGCAUACGACGUGCCAGCGAUCACAAGGUACCUUGAUUACGUCUCCGUAAUGGCGUACGACUUCUUCGGGGCUUGGAACAGCUACACGGGGCACUGCUCACCGCUAGGCGUUCGCCAAAACGCCAGCGAAGAAGAGAAAAAGCUCAACGUGGAGACAGCCAUGAAGAUGUGGCUCAACAAAGGUGCGGAGCCGAACAAGCUCUUGCUGGGCAUGCCCCUCUAUGGUCGCACCUUCACGCUGGCCAACCCGAGCAACGACGGCUUCCUGGCUCCCACAGUUGGUCCCGGACAAGCCGGUCCCGUGACUGGAGAAUCAGGCUACCUCGGCUACAUUGAGAUAUGUGCCCAGCUGAAAGCAUCUAAAGACUGGAAAAUAACCCGAGACCCAAGGGUGGUUGCCCCAGUAGCUGUGAAAGGAAACCUGUGGAUCGGCUACGAUGAUGCUCAAAGCCUCACGGCAAAAGUCCUGUUUGCACGGUCCCUCGGCCUUGCUGGUGCCAUGGUGUGGUCCAUUGAAACAGACGACUUCUCGGGAACAUGCGGAGGAGCGAAGAACCCCCUGCUGAGAGCUAUAAGAGAUGCACUUCGAAGCAACACCACCAUACCACUCCCGACCACAGUAACAAGUUUGCCAUCGACAACCCCAGCAAAGUCAACACCAGCAGAAACAGUGUCAACUAAAGAAACUAAUUUGCAAUCAACGACAUCAGGGGCUUCUAAAUCAGGAAGUGACACUAACGUCAGUGUUGUUACGACAAGUGUGCCUACAUCAACAACAGCCCCACCAGAGUUAACAUGUCCUGCUGAUGGCUUCUACCCAUAUCCAAAUGAUCUACACAGAUUUUACCGGUGCGUUUUGCUAGCUGGUGGCACCUACGCAAUCUAUGUCUUUGAUUGUCCAGCGGGAACAGUUUUCAAUCCCUCUGUCAGUGUGUGCACAUUCUAGGAACGUACUGUUUGUGUUCUGUACACACCAGACUCUGGCAUGUGCUGUCUAUAGCAGGUGCAAAGGUCAAAAGCUGAAAGAAGCUUACACUGCUUCUCUUUAAACCUUCAUCUUCUUAUCAAGAGCCUUUGUGCAGUACGAAACCCACUGGAGGUUCAAGUGGCCUUAAAUGAUCCCUAUAAGAAAUGUUUUCUUUUUGUGGGGUUGUGGAAGCAAUAAAUCAUUUUUUCAAUCAGCUUUAUCAUCGGCAAGCUUGCUUGAUGAGUUAAUAACAUUCAAUGCGAAUGCAGAACUAAGCAUAACUGUAUAGCAAUCUCAGUAAACGCGUGAAUUCACAAGACAGCUUAACUAAUGUCUGCGAAUAUUGCAAAUAAAAGAGACAUUGAACUUCA